CUCGGACUCAACUCCAAAAUGUCAGGAAAAGUUCAAGAUGCUGUAGCGGCCGAGGCUCAAACAGCACGGGCUGUUGUCCAGGAUGUCAUCAUGUCUGGGGGAUACCUGUAUCCCUUGAAGGGGAUCAUAUUCUUCGGAACACACAAAGAGCUCUGGGGUCCCUUCAUCUCCCGCGCCGGACAGACCAUCACGCUCGGAGUAGGUGUUACCAGCGUGAUGUUUUUCUUUACAUACGUGCCUCAGAUGGCGAUCAUGGCCUUCACCAGUGGCCCGCUAGCCGCCAUUUCCGCCGCGAUACUCGUCCUCGGCGAAAGCUCCGCCAUCACAAACUUUCUAUCACGCGCCUUCUUUGUAGAAGAUGCCCUCAUUGACACCUUUGAUGGCACUCUGGUUGCCCGCGACCAGGAACCUCUUGUUGCACAAGGACGCCAAAUCAAACCUCGGUCGGGAGGAAUGGAUGCAGUCGCCAGACUAGGGAAGAUGUUCACUCGACCGCUUGCGCGUAUGAAACCACGGGCGCUACUGCGAUCUCUGCUCUACUUGCCACUGAACCUGAUCCCUGUGGUUGGGACGAUGUUGUACAUCUUUGUGCAGGGAAAGAGAAUUGGACCGGGAUUCCAUGCCAGGUAUUUUCAACUGAAGGGUUGGAACUCUCAGCAGCGCGAGGAAUGGGUGGCGAACAAGCGGGGAGCAUACACAGGACUCGGCAUCGCGUCCUGUGUAUUGGAAAUGGUACCAUUUGCCUCGAUUUUGUUUUCAUUCACGAAUACUGUUGGCGCGGCCUUGUGGGCAGCCGAUUUGGAGAAGGCAACCAAGUAGUUGGUAGGUGCAGUAUGAUGAACCUUGAUGAGUUGACUAGCCUAUCCAAUAAUAAAACAUAAUGAUUGAGUUGAUCUGUGUUCCGGUGAUAUUCAAAUGCUGUUCAAGCUAAUUUCAAAAAAGCUAAAGAACAAUCAAGCUUUGGAUCUAUGCUCGACACAUACGCCCACUGUUCGACCCAGUCCAACCAUGAGACCCAACGGCAGCUAGGCCAUAGAAGACAUCGUGAGGGUCAUAUUUUGCCUUCAUUUGACAGAGCGCAUUAUCGUUCGUCCCAUAAAACGCUUUCUUGAAGUUUGGUUGGCAGUGAAUAUUAUAGCUUCGAAGACAUUGCGUGC